ACACACCUAAAUCAGGCUAUUCAAAAGUGCACGGGAAGAAAGCGAAAUAUGGGCGGCGUAUGGUCACCGCAUUCAAAUCACCGACUUCGUGAAUCGAAUAACGACGAUGCACAACAGAUGCUCAAUUAUUGUGCGGUAUUGAAUCACUCACAAAUAAAUGGUGACGAUGAUUCGAUGACGUUUCGUGUGAACGAUGAACAGCGUCUUUUCAAGUACAUCUUGAGAGAUUACGAUGUAUCGGUUAGACCGGUCGUGAAGGCAUCCAGUGUUGUUAACGUUUAUAUGGGACUUACGCUUACGCAUAUUUUCAACAUUGAUGAACGCAGUCAAGUGUUGACGAUGAAUAUUUGGGUGGAGCAAAAUUGGAACGAUGAACGAAUUCGAUGGAAUCCACUGGAUUUUGGUAAUAUUAGUAAACUGACGGUUGGGAUACGCUAUGUGUGGACACCGGAUAUCGUUUUGUAUAACAAUGCUCAUGAUUUUUCCCGAGGCUUCGUCGAUACAAAUUUGCAUAUACGCAGUAAUGGUGAUAGUGACAGUUACUAUUUGAGCUGCAAAUCAGAAUUGCAAUCUCAUCUUCUUUAUACCUUCAACAAUCUUAAAUCUUUUCUUGCAGUGCAAUGGGCUCCACCAGCCAAAGUUUAUUCAAUAUGCAAACUAGACGUGACAUUCUUUCCAUUCGAUGACCAAUUCUGCUUGUUGGAAUUUGGAUCUUGGAUAUAUGAUCGAUCUCAGUUGGACGUACAAAUAAUGCAACGCUACGAUGGUAAAGAUCCGUUCACAAGGGAUUCGUUCACUGAGAACGGCGAAUGGGAAAUAGUGGCGAAUCGAACAAGAAGGCUGCUCCGUGGCCGACAUUCAGUAUUCCCGACGGUCGUUUUUGAGUUGCAUUUACGACGAAGGAUGUUGUACUUCAUGUACAAUAUCAUCGCACCUUGUGUUAUGCUAUCCAUCCUAACGAUGAUGCAAUUCAUGUUACCUUGCGAGAGUGGUGAGAAGGUGACUCUCGGCUUAACAGUUCUCUUGGCGUAUUCGGUGUUUAGUUUCAAUAUCGCCGAGAACAUGCCAGAAACUUCAGAAGUGAUUCCGCUAAUUGCGAUUUAUAUAAUGUGCAUUAUGGGUAUAUCAGCGCUGAGUGUGUGCCUUUCGGUUGCCGUUCUCAAUAUGAGGCAUGGGGCUGAGAGGAAUUGCAGAGUACCACGUUGGCUGAAUUUCAUCGCAUACCGACUUCUUGGUCGUUUAUUCGGUAUCAAGGAGCCGAGCACAGAACGAAAACCGUCGUUGAUCGAUACAAGAGAUCGACUCACUAUGGCACUGAUGAAGCGAUUGGAAAACGGGCAGUUCAUCGACGAUCAGAUCCAGAGAUGGAGUCAGAUAUCGACAAUAUUCGAUCGUUUCUUCUUUUUGUGUGUAUUUGUACUGACGUUCGUAACAUCCGUUCCAUUGCUGCUUUUAGCACCUCGUUUCAGUCAUCGAUCGUUCGAUAACGCUUCACUGAAUAAUAACCUUACCCACUAA